GCGCGCCUGCCAGUGGGCAGGCAGUGGGCAGGCAGUGGGCAGGCAGUGGGCAGGCGCCUGCCAGUGGGCAGGCGGCAGGCGGCAGGUUAGCCCCGGAAAUACGGACGAUUUGCGGGCCGUGCUGGAUACGAACGUGCUGGGGUUAGUGUUGUGCACUCGUGAGGCGUUCAACAUGAUGCGCUCCCGUUCCGUCGACGGGCACAUCGUCAAUCUGAACAGCGUCCUGGGCCAUAAGUACGCCCCGCUGCCGAAUAUCAAUAUGUACAUGGCCUCCAAGUACGCCGUGACGGCCAUAACGGAAACGUUACGGAAUGAUUUCCGUAACGAGAAUACCCGAGUGAAAGUUACGAGUAUUAGCCCGGGGGUCGUACGGACGGAGAUGCUACCAGAAGGCGAUCAGUUCGUCGGGACGCCCAUGCUGGAGGCGGAAGACGUUGCGAAUGCGAUUCUGUACGCGCUCGGCACACCUCCGCACGUCCAGGUGCACGAGAUAAUCAUCAAACCGGUUGGAGAAGCGUUUUAGCUGUGAGGUCACUAAUAAAUUUUCAA